UGUUUGAAAGUGGCGGGCAGCGACAUCAGAUCAUCUGAGAUUCACAUUUUAUUAUCGAACAAAAGGCCACAGUUUAUCAAAAUAGCCGUAAUAUUAAGCAAUAUUUGCAAGUAAAAGUUCAUUUUAUAUUGUGGUAUGUUAUCGUUAACCACUGACAAACAACUAUUCCUCUUUUGUGAUAUUUAACAUUAGCACCGGAGGAGACUUGAGCAGGCGUUCGUUGGAAUCCUCCAUCAUGACAAAUGAAGCCGUGAAGGUGAUCCCAGUGCGGGUUGCCUUGCGAUGUCGCCCACUGGUACCAAAAGAAAUCAACGAGGGGUGUCAGACCUGUCUUACCUUUGUGCCAGGGGAGCAACAGGUGAUUGUUGGUACUGAGAAGGCUUUCACCUAUGAUUAUGUGUUUGAGCCAACCGCUGAACAAGAGGAAGUCUACAGUACCGCCGUGUCUCCGUUACUGAGAGGGCUUUUCAAGGGCUACCAUGCCACAGUUCUUGCAUACGGACAGACGGGAUCAGGAAAAACCUUUUCCAUGGGUGGAACGUACACAACGGCUCAGGAGAAUGAACCUUCGGUUGGAGUAAUUCCCAGAGUUAUCAGGAAGAUCUUUGAAGAGAGGGAGAAGAGAACAGACUGUGAUUGCUGUCUUACUGUGUCUUAUCUAGAGAUUUAUAAUGAAGAGAUCUUGGAUCUGCUGUGUUCAUCGAAAGACAAACCUGCCAUUAGCAUUCGGGAAGAUCCUAAAGAAGGCAUCAAGAUUGUCGGGUUAACUGAGAAUCAGGUGUCUUCUGCCUAUGAAAUGGUGAGCUGCCUGGAGCUCGGGAACUCUGCUCGGACGGUGGGCUCCACUGCCAUGAAUGCAGCUUCUUCACGGUCCCAUGCCAUCUUCACUAUCACACUGGAGCAGCGCAAAGGGUUGGAAAAAGUGGAUUCAAUAGUUUCUAAGUUGCACCUGGUGGACCUGGCUGGUUCAGAGAGACAAAAGAAAACCAAAGCAGAGGGAGAUCGUCUAAAAGAAGGCAUCAGCAUCAAUCGCGGUCUUUUGUCUCUGGGUAAUGUGAUCAGUGCCUUGGGAGAUGAAAGCAAGAAAAACAACUUUGUUCCUUACAGAGACUCGAAGCUCACCCGCCUGCUACAAGAUUCCUUGGGAGGCAAUAGUCACACUUUGAUGAUUGCGUGCGUCAGUCCUGCAGACUCAAACAUGGAGGAAACCAUCAACACGCUCCGAUACGCCGACAGAGCUCGCAAGAUUAAAAACAAGCCAAUUGUUAAUAUUGACCCCAGAGCUGCUGAAAUGGGCCGCCUGAAACAGCAGGUUCAAGAGUUGCAGGUGAUGUUACUGCACGCGCGAGGAGGAGUAGCCCCUGUAAUGUCCGGGCCGGAGUCAGCUGAGAACGUGACCAAGCUGGUGGAAAGAAACCGCGUUCUGCAGCAUGAGAACAGCAAGCUGAGCAGAGAGCUGAGUACGGCAGCUGGACAGACAGCCCUCAUGUUUGAGAAGAUCAUUAUGACAGAACAAGAAAAUGAGAAGCUCCAAAGCAAAGUGGAACAACUGAGGCACCACAAAGCAUGUGAAGUUGAUCUUGAGAAACUGUUGGAGACGCUGGAAGACCAGGAGUUGAAGGAGAACGUUGAGGUGAUGAAGAACUUGCAAGAAAUCAUCUUGGAGCUCAAGAAUGAAAGCGCUGGCAUCGCCGCCGGCAUUGAUGCCAUGGCUGCAGGAGAGGAGUUACCGGAAUCGUCUGGGAAUGGAAGUAAAAACUCAGCAGAUGAGUCUCUGUCGGAUCCUGGUGCCUUAAAGGAUUCCCCAGAGGCCUUUACAACCCAUCAUGCACUGCGGCAGGCUCAGCUCUCCAAAGAACUGAUUGAGCUCAACAAAGUGUUGACCUUGAAGGAAGCUUUUGUGAGGAAAAUGUGUGAGAAUGACGGUCAGUUGGAGCCAAUGCAGUCAGAGCAUCAGAAAAAUGUCAAGGUUCUGCAGACUGCAGUGGAUUCUUUGCAGAAGGAGAAAGAGGAUCUCAUUUUGGCUCUUCAGUCUGCCAAGAAAGACACCAACCAGGCAAAGCUCAGUGAGCAGCGGAGGAGGAGACUACAGGAGCUGGAGGGUCAGCUUACAGACAUGAAGAAGAAGCUGAUUGACCAGUCCAAAAUUCUGAAAAUUAAAGAAUCCUCCGUUCAGAAAGUUAGCAAGCUCAUGCAGGAAAUACAGGCAAUGAAGAGCCAGCGUAUACAGCUAAUGAGACAAAUGAGAGACGACUCUGAGAAAUUCAGACAGUGGAAGAACAAGAAGGACAAGGAGGUCCUGCAGCUGAAGGAGAAGGAUCGUAAAAGGCAGUAUGAAUUACUCAAACUUGAAAGGGAUUUCCAGAAACAGGCUAAUGUCUUGCGUCGUAAGACUGAAGAGGCUGCAGCUGCAAAUAAGAGACUGAAAGAUGCCCUGCAGAAGAGAAGUGAGGUAGCAGAGAAGCGCAAAGAUACCCACAACAGAGGCACUGAGGGAACUGCAGCACGACUUAAGGCAUGGCUUUUUAAUGAAGUGGAGGUGAUGGUUAGCACAGAAGAGGCCCAGCGUCACCUCAACGAUCUGCUGGAGGACAGAAAAGUUUUGGCUCAGGAGGUCAACCGCCUCAAACAACAGAUAGAUGCUGGGGAGAAACCCGCUGCCAAAAUUAGGCGGCGGACACUCAUCAUCUCUGAGCUGGAAACCCGGGGGGCGCUGGAGACGCCUCUGACCAAACAGGUGGAGAACCUGGAGACAGAAAUGGAGCUCAGGAACGCCCAAAUAGCUGACCUGCAGCAGAAAGUACUUGUCGCUGACGGCGAAGGCCGUUUGAAGCAACGUGUAGACGCCAUCACAAGCAUAGUGGAAGCCAAGUGUGCCGUGAGGGUUCUGAUGUCUGAGCUGGUUUCAGCUAAGACAGCGUGUGGCAAACUGGAGAGUGAGCUGAAACAAGAGAAAGGAAAUGCACAAGACUUAAGGAAGUUGGUGGCUGAUGAGAGAAAUGUGAUGUCAACCAUGGACAUGGAGCACCAGCAGCAGCUGGUGGAGCUGGAGCAGAGACAUCAAGAGAAGGUUCACUAUCUUCUUAAUGAACUGCAGAACAAGCCAAUAUGUGAGGAGUCGGAGGAGACAAAACUAAAAGAUGAACCAAGUGCAAAAGAGAUGGAGCUUCUCCAGCGCCUCCAAGUUCAGGAGGAGGAGCUUGAAAAGCUGCAAGCUCUGAGGGAGCAGAACCAGAAACUGGUGGAGCAGAAUGAGGAGCAUAGACAGGAACUGGCUUUGAUCCAGUUGGCAAGUCAAAAGAAAAUCCGGCUUCUUUCAGCCAGCAACGACAAGGACCCUGAAGACUCUUUUGAAUAUGUUCCUCUAAAACCUAAAAUGAAGCGCCUCACCACUGCCAAAGCUCCACUGACCAUCAGUGUUGCAGAACUGACGUCACCCAGCGAGGAUGAGAAGGAGGAGGAAGAGGAGUGGCGACCCCAAAAACCCGAGAAGGGGCGCAGACCUUCGAGGAAAGCCAAACAAACUGGGUGUGCGUGUAAAGGUCGGUGUGGCAACAAGCAGUGCCGGUGCCGCAAAGGAAAGAUGACUUGUGGGGAGAACUGUCAGUGCGAUCACGAGAAAUGUCGAAACAUGGACAGCCAAGCGCCUGCGGAGGAUACAAGUCGCACAGAAAAUGUUUCCAGAGAGUCGCCAUCCCUGCAGGACGCCACAUCCCCCAGCCCUGAAAAUACCUUCUUCAAGCCGCCGUCCUGCACCCCCACAACCAAGGUGCUGCAGGAAAUUGGAGACAUGGGCCACUCCGCUGAGCUGAAGUUGGUCAGGAAGCCCGUCCUGGCUAAGGAUGAGGACAAUGACGAAGAGGACUUCGAGGAAGACAGAACGACGGCCAGCUUCCUGAAGAAGAAGAAACGAAUCCUGAACAGUUUUCAGAACAGUUUCUUCUCUGGCUGCACUCCAAUUAGAGAGGAGUCCUAGUCAGGGCAGAGCAUGGUAACACUUAAAUGGCUAAACUGUUGUGUACUGUAAAAUAAAAGUAGAUGUUGAGUCUAAAACUCAUUUUACACGUUUUGUAGAGGGUAACAAAAAGGACUGUGAAUAGUUGUUAAUCAUUUACUGGAAUUAAACGAUGAAAUGUGUACAUAACUGCUAAAUUGUCGUUAUAGACUAGAUUGAAUUCAGUCGUAUUGAAAAUCAGAUGACUCGCUGUCCUGGGGAGUAGACUGUAAGUUUCACUUUGCCUUUAUUAUCAGAACUGAAUAAAAUCUUAAAGUCUAAUCUUAAUUUUUUUUUUUACAAUACUUUUUUUUUUUUUUCUUAACCCCUUAGAAUUACAAUUCAAAGAUUAAUUUAUUGCAAUUUUUCUGUUAGAACUAUUAUUUUAAUUUCUACUCACUUUCCUUCCUGUUUAUUGAAAGCAGUUAAGGCUUUAUUAAAAACAUUUUAAGUAGUUUUGGUGAGCACCCACGUUGUCCCAAUUGACAUUUUUCUUCUGCAUCACACUCACAAGAGACAAUAAAUAACUGUUUAAAUAAACUAGUCACAUCAUGAUGAUUUUUAAAACUUGAUUUGCUCUGUCGAUGGGGAAGUAAUGCUGUUAUAUGGCUAAAAUACUUUUAUUUGCAUUGCGUUAUCAAGAUUAUGCAUAUUCAAGAGAUCUUAAUUAUUUUGAUCAACUGCAUUAAAUUCUGCUUCUGAGAUCCCAGAUUUUAAACCCCACACUGAACUCACUUGAAACACCUAAUAUCUGAUGAAUAAAUCGUGACUUAUGAGCUUUGUCUGUGAAUGUCUAAAUGUUGAAUGUUUUAUAUGGGAUAUUAAAAAGCUAUUGGAACAUUG